UCUACUUGGAUUAUGGAGCAGACAUUGAUGAACAGGUAACCUUCCAAUCUGACUUACUGGCUUGGGGGUGCGUUGACGUCAAGUCAUGUAUUCCGAUUGGCGACGGGCAUCUAUACACAGCGAUACGGUUCACAUCUACUGGCAUGAUCGAGUUCUCCAACGACAAAUGUUCGAUAGACAAAUCUCUGACUCAGUACACAAACCCAUCUCUAUUCACUACAACUCAUGGAGAUGCGUCAGUCGCUGUCCUAGGAGCUGCAGUGGACCUCAGCAUUGGUGAUCCCAAAAUAUUUUAUCAGUUUCAAGAUGAGUAUGACCUCUCAGAUAACAACGGAGGAUCCCUUCUUCAAGCCUUAAAGAGCAGACUAAACAGGGCAGACUCAGAACUGAGUGAAACGAAUCCAAUAGUAGCGUUGAAGAUCACUUGGGAAUGUAUCCAGCCCUCUGGAUCACAACCGGGACAGGAGACAAACACCUACCAGGCUGUGGUCUUCACCGACGGCAAACAGACAGGUGUAAUGAUGAACUACCAGGCAGGGGACCUUCAAUGGCAUACUAGUUUGAAAGAAUUUCCAGCACGAGUGGGAUACAGUAACAUUGACAAUGUAACAAAUCUGUAUGAAGAUACUGACCGGGACACUAUUUAUAAUAGUUAUCGACGAGACUUGGUCACAGGAAAUACGGGUCAGAUGGGCAGCUACAUUUAUCGCCUAGACCUCAAUGGUGCCGAUUUUGUCAACCCAUGUGUUGAGUGUCUGAAGUGGUAUGAGAAUGACCUCAGGGUGACCUACACCUAUUCCGAUGCAUCUGUGUGCCCUUGUUCAAGGAGACAAGCUAGAAGAGACGUAAACUUCAGAAGGUGUACUUUUCCAAGGGGCAACGAUCCUGAUUUCAGCAGUGCUAGUUAUAGUUCAGUGCAAUGCUUCCAGUCAACCACGGAUGGUGAUGAGGGUUUCCGCUGUACCUAUAUUAGUGGUGCUCUAGUUACAGACUACCUGAACCUAUGGGAAUCCAGCAAUUUCCAGGCACUCUUACUUCCCAGAUCUCGAAGAAGAAAUGACGUUUUGUACAAUGAAUGGAAAAGUGAGGACGUCGUACCUAGACAAAUAUGCUGUGAAAGGGCUAUUCUGAGUGAGGGAUAUUGUGAUCUUUACGAGGAGCGUCGCCCACAGGCAAGCUGUGACGGAUAUUCCCCUCCCAAUGGUGCUCAGGGAUCUGGUGACCCACACUUUUUAACCUUUGAUGGGAGGAUGUACAGCUUCAAUGGGUUUGGCGAGUACAUUAUGAUGCAAUACAACUAUAAUGACCCAUUUGUUCUCCAGACUCGUACCGGCGCAGCAUUCAGGAAUGGUGAACCUGUUAACACAGGAACCGUCUUUACAGGUUUUGCUGCGACACAAGGCAUUACAAACGUAUCAUUUACUUUAAAUGAUGAUAGAACAGAGCUGCUACUCUCAGUCAACCAGACGUCGGUCGAUAUAUCAACUCUUGAAGCAGAUGGCUACGACUCCGCUGACCCAACUUUCAACUUACACAGUGAUGAUGAGGCGGCAGAAAGUGAAACUGCUAUCAUUGUAACCUUUAAACUACCAGACAUACCCAGCUCCGGACUUCGUGUGGUUUUCAGAACCGGGAUAUUACUAGUAAAUAGUUUUGUUCCUCGAGAAUACGCUACUGGAGGGAUUGGAAAUGGUCUAUUCGGCCUCGUGAAUGGUGAUAAGAAUGAUGAUUUCCAAUACCGGGACGGAACCAUCAUCAUGGAUACGGCUGAGAAAAACCUGACAGAGAGAGAAAUCUUUGAUUUUGGACAAAGUUGGAUGAUCUUACCGAGUGAAUCCCUCUUCGAUUACGGUGAUCGGGAUUGGAGUUAUUAUAACGAUCCUGACUACGUCCCUCCCUUCCUCUCAGAGCUGAUUGCAGCAGAUCCGGAGUUGGCAGCAGAAGCUAUAGCGUUUUGUGGGGGUAGUGAAGCAUGCCUCUUUGAUUCCCUAGCAGUUGAUCCAUCAGUUGGUUUAGAAACAUUGUCUUCUAAUAAUGCUUUUGAAGAACAACUAUCGGAUUUAAAUAACUUCCCACCAAACAUCACAUCUGUCAUUGAGACCAGUUCGACAGAUGCACUGUCAGAGAGCGGUAUUCUGCGUGUAACUGUUGACCAAACAGUCACCUUACAAAUAACAGCUUCAGACCCAAAUGAUGGAGAUGUUGUGCAGUAUUCAUUGCAGGGUGUUCAGCCUGGCGCAACCAUAGACCAAAAUACUGGAUUGUUCACAUGGACUCCUCCAAGCUUAGAUGUUUCUAUGGUUGAGAUCGUAGCAACCGACGGUUUUGGAGCAAGUACGUUACAAGCUUACAAGGUCAGAGUGUGUCAGUGUUCCAAUGAUGGAGUAUGCAACUUUGACAUCUUAGCAGCAAAUCAGGAUCUCAACAACAAUGGCUUUACCGUUGUCACAUGUACAUGCGAUGUUGGCUGGUCAGGUGAUCACUGUGGUAUAGACUUCGACUCCUGUCAAGGUUCCCCUUGUUAUGAAGGUGUUUUCUGCUCUGACGAGCCGCCACCUUCAGUUAUGCCGAUGUGUGGACCAUGCCCACCGUCUCUUACAGGAGAUGGAUUAACUUGCUUUGAUGUUGAUGAGUGUGCAAAUGGCACACUUAAUGAAUGUGAUCAAAACUGUGAUAACAGACUUAAUGGAUAUGAUUGCACAUGUAAUGAUGGCUUUACACUUGAUAUGGAUCAAAGAAGGUGUAAUGAUAUCAACGAAUGCAUAUUGGGUACACACGGUUGCCAAAACAACAGUCUUUGUGAUAAUACCAUCGGUUCCUAUCAGUGCUAUUGCGAAGUCGGAUUUUCCCCAAUUACAAAUGAUAACGUCAAUUGUGAAGAUAUUGAUGAAUGCACGGUGGAGAGCCCAUGCGAUGCGGAAGCAACGUGUGGAAACAAUGAAGGCUCUUUCAUAUGCAUGUGUAAUGAGGGUUACGUAGGAGAUGGAACCACUUGUACAGAUAUGAAUGAAUGUCUGGACGAAUCUCUAAAUGACUGCGCCUCACAGGCGACUUGUGUUAAUUCACGUGGUAGUUUCUCAUGUGCGUGUGAUGAAGGCUGGGUCGGCAACGGUACCUACUGUGAGGAUGCUAAUGAGUGCUCCACUAACGAUGAUUGCAGUGCUGAUGCGACGUGUGAGAAUAAUCCUGGGAGCUACCUCUGCACCUGUAAUGCAGGAUAUGUUGGAAAUGGAAUUGAAUGCUUUGACAUCGACGAGUGUGCCUCUGAAGAUGAUAACUGUACCAUGUCAGCUCUGUGUGUCAACACAAACGGAUCGUUUGAGUGUCAGUGUGCCGACGGCUACAUACAAAAUCUACAGGGAGAAUGUGAAGAUGCGAAUGAAUGUGUCAAUGACCCUUGUGAUAUGGACGCACAGUGUGUGAAUACUAAUGGAUCAUUCGUCUGCUCAUGUAACGAAGGACUUCAAGGAAGUGGACUCACAUGUGAAGAUAUCAAUGAAUGUGAAUUGGGAACUCAUGACUGUCAGCAGAGCUGCAUUAAUGACAGUCCUGGGUUUAACUGCAGUUGUUUUUCAGGUUUUAUUCUUACGAAUGAUGAACAGACAUGCAUGGUUACUGCCAGUUGUUCCCUGCCAUGUGGCCUUGGUGUCUGCAUUGAUUCUACAGGCGCGGACGAGUGUGUAUGCAGUCAGACUGGAUAUGAAUUCAAUUCAACUAUAAACAACUGCACAGACAUCAAUGAAUGCAUUGGGGAGAAUCGUUGUGAAAUGAACUGCGAUAACAUCCCAGGAGGAUACGACUGUUCCUGUGUAACAGGCUUCUUGCUCGAUGUAAACGGAAGAAGUUGUUCAGAUCGGGAUGAAUGUCUUGAUGGUACGCAUGAUUGUGAUACCAAUGCUGCAUGUUCCAAUACAGAAGGGUCCUUCUCCUGUACAUGCAAUGAUGGCUACAUGGGAAAUGGAGCAAUGUGUACAAAUAUCGAUGAGUGCCUUUCUACUUCCCCAUGCCACGUCUUCGCGAAUUGCAUGGAUACAAGUGGCUCUUUCAAUUGUAUGUGUAUGCCAGGAUUCUCUGGUAAUGGCUUCAGCUGUGUAGAUAAUAAUGAGUGUGAUCAAUCUCCUUGUGAUGAGAAUGCUGCAUGCAACAACACAGAUGGGUCCUUCUCAUGUACCUGUCUUGAAGGUUAUACUGGGAAUGGUCUAAGUUGCUCAAAUAUCGACGAGUGUGAAGUAGACCCGCCGUGUGGUGUGUAUGCUGACUGUUCAGACAAUGAAGGUGCAUUCACAUGUUCCUGUAUGCCUGGUUUCCAAGGUGAUCCCUACGCGGCAUGUACCGAUAUCAUUGAGUGUCAGAAUCCAUCCUUGUUCACAUGCCAUCAACUAGCGUCUUGUGUGAAUACUCUUGGAAACUAUUCGUGCAAAUGCAACAAUGGUUACGAGGGAGAUGGGAUAUCCUGCUCAGAUCAAGAUGAAUGCAGUGAUGUCCUUCAAUUCUGUGGACCAAACAGUAACUGCACUAAUCUGGAGGGCUCUUAUGAAUGCAUGUGCUCCGAAGGUUAUGUGAGGGAGAAUAUGGAUAGCAAUUGUACAGAUUUUAAUGAAUGUGACAACGUCCAAAACACCUGUCCUCCAGACAUCUCUUCGUGCGAGAACACAGGAGGUGAUUUUGUGUGUACAUGUACUUCUGGGUACCAGAAUGAUUCACCCAAGACCUGCAUUGACAAAGAUGAGUGCGCAGAAAGUACUCCUGUCUGUAACAUGAGUCGAGAAUGCAUCAACACUGUGGGAGACUACAGGUGUAUCUGCACUGAGGGCUUCACUGAAAUUGAAGGAAUCUGUGAAGCGUCCUUAACCUUGCAACUGAGGGUAAGAUUUGAAGCCAUUCUCGGUGCCUUAAUUGCUGCCAAUCCAUCUUUUAUCGAACCUGCUACAAAUCAAGAGCAACUUGAACGUGACAUGCUGAUGUUUCUCCAAGGCAUUUCAGAACUUGGGGAAUCUGUUUUCAUGGCUACAAUAUCACAUGUGAAUGUGACCAGUCCCUAUGCUGUCAUAGACUUCAGGACAGAUGUUGAAAUAACACUAAAUAUCAACGACACAGUAUUGGAAUCGUUGUUCAACAAUGCUCUACCAAGUAACCAGCGCUUUGGAGUUUUAGGAGCCGAAAGUAUAGUCAAUCAAGAGGAUGUUGAUGAAUGUGCCGAUGAUCCAGUCCCGUGUACUAACGGAAUGUGCACUAACACCAUUGGGUCUUUCUUCUGUACUUGCAAUGACGGAUAUAUUGAAAACGGAGCAAGAACUGCUUGUAUUGAUAUUGAUGAAUGCGAAGAUGAUUCCACCCUCUGUACUAAUGGAACAUGCAAUAACACCGCCGGUUCUUAUACUUGCAACUGUGACGCAGGGUUCCAACUAGAUGGCACUGGUGUCAAUUGUAAUGACAUUAAUGAGUGCGAUGCUGGGAAUCUCUGUGCCAAUGGAAUAUGCCGAAAUAACGAGGGAUCAUACAUGUGCUCAUGCAUUCCUGGAUUUGCAGUAGAUUCAACAGGAACUGAAUGUCAGGACGUUAAUGAGUGUGAUGACGAUUCCUCCUUGUGCGUCAAUGGAACAUGCAACAAUAUCAUGGGGACAUUUAGUUGUGACUGUAACGCCGGAUAUGAGAAGAGUAUCAACGGAAAGGCUUGUAAUGACAUCAAUGAGUGUGCAAACCUUCCAAACCCAUGUGAGAAUGGAACCUGUAACAAUAUGGACGGGACUUAUGGGUGUACCUGUGACACUGGGUUUCAGGCCAACGAGAGCGGUACUGCCUGCAAUGACAUUAAUGAGUGUGCUGGUGAUGAUAAUCCCUGUGUUAAUGGAGAAUGCACUAAUACCGAUGGAUCUUACAUGUGCACCUGUGGCAGCGGCUUUAGAUUAAGUGUGGAUGGCAGUACAUGUGAGGCUGAGUGUGGUGGAGCUGUUUGUCAGAAUGGCGGAGCAUGCACGAGCACUGACCAGUGUGAUUGUGUUACCGGUUUUACCGGUACUCUGUGCGAGACUAAUACCAACGAAUGUGCUAGCACUCCUUGUAUGAAUGGAGGAGUUUGCACCGAUGCAGUCAACUCCUUUACUUGUGCUUGUGCUGAUGGCUAUACUGGGACUCUGUGUGGAACAGAUAUCAACGACUGUUUAAACACUCCUUGUAUGAAUGGAGGAGCUUGUACUGAUGGAGUUGACAGCUUUACUUGUGUCUGUGUAGCUGGCUAUACUGGGAGUACGUGUGACACAGAUAUCGCUGAUUGUUCUCCUAAUCCUUGUAUGAAUGGCGGAAGUUGUACUGAUGGAGUUAACACAUUUAACUGUGUCUGUGCUGAUGGCUUUAGUGGAGAUACUUGCACAACAACUGAUUGUGGCUCCAUUGUUUGCCAGAAUGGCGGAGCAUGCGUAAGCUCUGGACUAUGUGAUUGUGCUACUGGUUUUACCGGUACUUUGUGCGAGACUAAUACCAACGAAUGUGCUAGCACUCCUUGUAUGAAUGGAGGAGUUUGCACCGAUGCAGUCAACUCCUUUACUUGUUCUUGUGCUGAUGGCUAUACUGGGACUCUGUGUGGAACAGAUAUCAACGACUGUUUAAACACUCCUUGUAUGAAUGGAGGAGCUUGUACUGAUGGAGUUAACAGCUUUACUUGUGCCUGUGUAGCUGGCUAUACUGGGAGUACGUGUGACACAGAUAUCGCUGAUUGUUCUCCUAAUCCUUGUAUGAAUGGCGGAAGUUGUACUGAUGGAGUUAACACAUUUACCUGUGUCUGUGCUGAUGGCUUUAGUGGAGAUACUUGCACAAUAACUGAUUGUGGCAACAUUGUUUGCCAGAAUAGCGGAACAUGUGUAAGCUCUGGACUAUGUGAAUGUGUUACUGGUUUUACCGGUACUAUGUGCGAGACUAAUAUCAACGAUUGUCUUCCCAAUCCUUGUAUGAAUGGAGGAAGUUGUACUGAUGGGAUUGACUCGUUCACUUGUUCCUGUGUUGCUAGCUAUACCGGGAGUAUGUGUCAAACAGAUGUUAAUGAGUGUUUGAUUGAUACAAGUCUCUGUAGUAAUGGAAGAUGUGUCAACUUGGAUGGAUCAUACACGUGUGUCUGCAAUGCUGGAUUCAUGUUAGUCAAUGCAAAUUCUUGCAAUGCUCUCCCAAGCAGUCUGUCCACUAGUCAAGUGACUGUGAAGAUCACAGGACAAAGUCUGAAUGGUGUACCCCUGACGUAUACAUCAGAAUUAACAAAUAGGACAUCGACCAAAUUCAUGGAAUAUGAAGUUGCAUUCUGUUACAUUUUCAGCCAAUACGUAAGGGAACAGUUAGGUUCUCAACUUGUUGAUGCUAAUUGCAUAGUGCUGUCAUUCAGCCAAGGUAGCGUAGUCGGUGACGUGCAAGUGGAACUUGCUGCUGAGAGCCAAAGUGUAGCAGAUGGGCUUGCUGUGAGUUUAUCUGCCUUAUCUACCAACAUUGAUCAAAACUUAUCAGCUAAUGGUCAAACUCUGGUAGCAUCUAUAUCGGCAGAAGUUCAGUGCGAUCAAACGAACUGCCAGAACGGUGGGACAUGUACUUCUGCUGGACAGCCUUGUAAUUGCCCAGCUGGUUUUACAGGAGACCUUUGCCAGGAUGCUCCUCAAGGAUUGUCGAAUGGAGCCAUCAUUGGUAUUGCUCUCGGAGUUUUUGGUUUUGUUCUCGUCCUCAUAACCUGUGUCUGCUGCGUUUUCGUACAAGGUGUCAGACGAAAUCAAGCAACAAAACUGAUGCUCGCUGAAGAACGGUAUGUCGAUUCGAGCAGACAAAAUAGAGGCUUCUACGGAAACAAAUCUUUCAAUGGUUCUGAGGAGUACGAUUCUCUUGAAGGACGCCGGUAUGCAGUUGGUCAAGCUUUGGAUCGACUGCGCGGAACUGAUGCACAGCAUCAUGGAGAUCGCAAUUUCAGGACUCCCUAUGUGGUAGAUGGGAGUGAAACGUACAACGGUGUGGAGCGAAAUCCAAUGCAUUAUUGAUCACCAAGAAACUUACCUUCGGACAAAGAACGAAUAUGACAACAGAAAAGAAUUUAGUGAAUUAGUUACGUCUUAUAGAUAGAUGGGUUCUCUUCUGGAUAGGCUAAAUAUCAAAGUGUAUACAAUCAUAUUAUUAGAUUAAGUAAGGGCAUACUUGCAUUUGAUAGAUUGACUGAUUUAAUUGAUGAAAUCAUUCCAAGUCUCUGUUACAAACAACCAUACUAUUUUAUCAAUUAACAGCUUACUUGCAUUUGACCGAUUGGCUGAUUGAACUGAUGUAAUCAUGUUAAACUCACAUCAUUUUAAAAAGACUGCUUUUCAGCAAGUCUGUGUUACAAACAUAAAACUGAUGUUAUACAGAUCAAAUUGGAUAUAAGUACAUGAAUGAUUUCAAUGUAAUUUACUGUAUCUGUGAAUAUAUAAGGGCUUCAUUGUUAAUCUAGAAAUGGUUUGAUAUCAUAUCUUUAUUGAUCAAGUAAUUUAUAUUCAUGUUACAACAAAUUAUAAAAAUGUGGUAAAAAAUGAUUUCACCCAAACUGUUAUCUAAAGAGCCAAUUCCUAUCACAUGCUUUUAACGUGUACCAAUUGUAAGUCUUUAAAUAGUACUAAUUUUCUAUAGUUUUAUUUCAAUUGCUUAUGGUAGCGGGAGUAUAACACCUCCUCUCUCUCUUUCUCUCUCUCUCUUUCUCUCUCUCUCUCUCUCUCUCUCUGUCUCUCUCUAUAUAUAUAUAUAUUAGAUGAAUACACUAUUUAGCAUUCUGAUUUUGUAUGAAUAGAUUUAAAUGCAUAUGAUGUAGAAAGGAGGGCUAUCAAGUAAACAGAAUAGUAUGAUCACAUGGGAUCAAUCCAUGGCGCUGAAACAGUACAAACAGUAAUUUUGAAUCUUUCCUUUAUGAAUAUAAAUAACAUUAUUUACCUCUUGUACUUUUACCUGUGACAUUUUUGCCAGGCAACAAAGUAACCCCCUUGAUAGGCUAAAUAUCAAAGGGUAUACAAUCAUACUAUUAUAUUAAUUAAGGGCUUACGGUAUUUGCAUUUAACCGAUUGACUGAAUAAAUUGAUGUAAUCAUGCUAAGUCUCUGUUACAAACGAUCAUACUAUUAUACUAAUUAAGGUUUACUCAAAUCAGUCUAAAAAUACUGCUUGUCAGCAAGUCUUUGUUAAAAACAUAAAACUAAUGAUAUAGAAAUAUUUGAAGAUAAAUAUAAAAAAGAAUUGAAUACGAUUGUCUGUAUCUGUGAGUGUACAAGGGCUGCAUUGUUAAUCAGGAUGGGUUCGAUAUCAUAUAUGUAUUGAUCAAGUAAUUUAUAUUUAUCUCACAAAACAUCAUGAAUGUGGUAACAUAUGCUUUCUCCUUAACUGUUAUCUAAAUAGCUGAUUCCUAUCUCAUGCUCUUAAUGCGGAUCAAUUUUAAGACUUUAAAUAGUACAAAUUUUCUAUAUAUUUAUUUCAAAUGCUUAUGUUAGCGGGGAGUAUACCAUCCCUCUCUUUCUCUCUCUCUUUAUAUAUCUAUUAGAUGAAUACUCUUUUUAAUUGAUAUGGUUUUGUAUAAAUAGAUUUAUUUGCAAAUUGUGUAGAAAAGGGCUAUCAAGUACCCAGAAUAAUGUGAUCAUAUAGGGUAAAAACAUAGCACUAAAACAAUACAAACAGUAACUUUAAAUAUUUCCAUUAUGAAUAAAAAACAAUAUUUUUUACCUCGUGCACUUGUACUUGUGACAUUUUUGUCACAUACCAAAGUUACCCCCCCCCCCCACCACCAGGAAUAUUUUGUAUCCCACUUACUUCCCUUUCAAUUAAAGGAUUGUGUAACAAGGACUUGUUUGUUUAGUUAAUUAAUAAAGGUUAUGCAGAUUAAAUGAAGAUUAAGGGAAGUGUAACCAAAACUUUCUCGUAGGUCCUUUCUCUUGUUUAGGAACGUGUCGCUUUAAUAAAGAUGUAGAAAUGAAUUGGGUUGAAAAAGAAAAAAAAUACAUGAAUGUAUGUAUGAUGUAUUGAAACAAAGCAGGCUUACAAUGGAUGUGUCAUGUAGCACAAUGCAAGUAAAUUUAUUAACGCACACAUACUUUCUUUUGUCUCAUUGCCAUUUUAAAAUAUGUUUCUAAAUAUGUAAUAUAUCUUUUGUGUAAUUUCUAUAUUCAUGUUCCUCCAAAGCCAUUCAUUAUACAGUACUAGGAUAUUACCCCUUAUAAGUCUUUCAUGUUUCAAGGAUGUAUGUUUUUUAAUUUUUUAUAUAUAUUUCUGUUCGUAUGAUAUAUUUUUGUAUUGAUAUAUAUUUUUCAUUAGAGAUCACGAGUAAUUGAAAUAAAUGUUCCAAUAGGGAAGACUGCUGAAUA